AUGGAUUCGGAGAGCCCGGACGUGGAUCAGGACCCGGAUCACAAUCAGCACCUCGACGCCACCGGCUCGCCGGAUUCCGGGCACUCCACCUCCUCCGAUGCAACGGCAGACACGUCUCCGGCCGAGUCGGCCAUUGUGGUCGCCGUGCGCCGCCGGCCGAUCCCGAGAAAGGGGCAUACCAAGUCCCGGCGCGGUUGCUUCAACUGCAAGCGCCGCAAGGUCAAGUGCCAGGAAAACCGCCCGGAGUGUUCCAACUGCACCCGCAUCGGCCUCGGUUGCGAGUACCCGGACGCUCCCUCACGUCUCUAUGUCGCGGCCGACUCGUCGUUAGCCGCCGUUCCCUCGCCACAUGCCCCGCUGCAGUCGACACCAACUCUCUUCACCGCGAGUGACAUGCGCUUCUUCCACCACUUUUUAGUUUCGGCUUAUCCACCACUACCCAUCCGUGGCGAUGAUUUAUGGAGGGAAAUCGCGCCUCUCUCACAUAAUUAUGACUACCUGAUGCACGCCAUGCUUGGCCUCGCAGCCUCGCACCUUGGCAUCUACGGCGUCCAGUCCUCCUCCGAAGCCCUCACCCACCGCGUCAAAGCCAUCAACCUCCUCAAUCAAGCCCUCGGCAGCCCACCCCGAUCCACGGCCGAAGGUGACGCCCAGUUCGCCGCCAUGUUCGCCCUCGCUUUCCAAGCGUCCUGCAUGCCGGACGGCAUGAACGAGUUCAUAGCCAUGAUCAAGGGUUGCCACGUCGUCGGGUCCACCGCACUGAUCACACACCCCGAUUCGUUGUUUUGGAGCUUCACCCAAGAGCACUACAGUGAUAGGAUCCGCUUGAUCCUCGGACUAGGCCCCGUGGGACUCACGCCGGAGCAGGACGCGCUCAUGGACGAUUUCCUCGACUCCCUUCACGCGCUCGCCCCGUUGUGUACUAGCCCGCUGGAAGUCCGCUUCCUCGCGUCGACCGAGAGUCUCGUGAAAACCACCAAGAUCUCUGCUGCUGAAGCCGUCGCCCAAUUCCCCCACCACUACGCCGUGAUCAACAACGCCACCCCGGAAGAAUUCGCCCCCUUCGUCAACCCAACGCACUACCCGGCCCAGCUCCUCCUCAUCCACUUUGUUCUGAUCGAAUACGCCAUCGGCACCUUUGCGCUCGGCGCUGCCGGCGAGCGGUUCGCCUACCGCGAGAAAUCGUGUGUGGCGUGGAUGGCGAAGCUCGAGGCGGAUUUGCCGGGUGAGUAUCGGCGGUAUGUUGAGUGGCCGGUGGAAUAUGUGAGGAGGGAACUGAUUGGGGGGAGGGGGGUAUUGGUGGGUUGA